AUGCAAAAAUACUUCGGCUUGAGAGGGAAGUCCCUCAGUAACGCCUUGGUAUGGACAGUGAUCAUGCCUGCAUACACUCUAUUUGGCUACCUCGCAGGUGUAGCUGGAGGGCUCCUCGAGCUUCCCUCAUGGACCGCCAUGUUCCCUCAAAUGGACACUGUCAACACAAUAGGUGCACAAAAGUCGCAUAAUACACAGAUCCAGGGGACCGUGGUCGCAAUUUACACUUUAGGUUGCCUCAUGGGCUCUUUAUCCUGCAUUGGGAUUGGAGACAAGCUUGGUAGAAGACGAACGAUCAUGCUCGGAUCUCUUAUCACCUGCAUUGGCUCAAUACUGCAGUCAUCUUCCUUUUCAUUUCCGCAACUAAUAGCGGGGAGGAUUAUUACUGGUCUUGGUUUUGGGCUUAUUAGUGCUACGGCGCCGAACUGGCAAACCGAAUGCAGUCGCACCAGUCAUCGGGGCUUCGUGGUUAUGCUUGAGGGUCUAUUCAUAUCAGCAGGUCUCGCAAUUUCUGGUUGGGUGAACUAUGGGAUGUCCCAUACCUCUGGUGAUAUAUCAUGGAGGUUUCCGCUAGCCUUUUCUUGCGUCUUCUGCAUUGUAGUAUUCUUAUCAAUGCCAUUGUGGCCAGAAUCUCCUAGAUGGCUCGUGCAAAAAGGGAGAAUUGACGAAUCGAAAUACGUGCUUGCCGCGCUUGGUGAUAUACCCAUAGAUAGCCCCCAGGUCCUCGACGAUAUUGCAAAGAUCCGAGUCUCGUUGGAGGAGACUGCUGGAGGAAGCUUCCGAGAUAUCUUCCGCAACGGACCUGCCCGUUUCGCCAACCGGGCGUUUAUCGCUGCUGCUUCGCAAUGUUUUCAGCAGAUGAGUGGUAUCAAUGGCGUAGCGUUCUAUCAAACCAAGAUCUUCCGGACAUACUUGGGACUCUCAGCAGAUAAUGCAGCUAUUCUUUCGGCCAGCGUUUUUACCUGGCAAACGAUAAUUGCACCAGUCGGUGUAUUUACAAUUGAACGGUUUGGUCGACGGAAGCUCAUGAUGUUUGGAGCGGCAGGAAUGGGCAUGUGCAUGGCUAUUAUAGCUGGAUGCGUGUCUCAUCCUUCGGACCUAAAAGCAGUCCAUGCGGCGAUCGUCUUCGUUUACCUAUUCAGUUUUUUCUUCGUCACUGGCUAUCUAGGUUUGACGUUCCUUUAUUCGUCCGAGAUUGCACCUCUCAGUGUCAGAACGCCGAUUACAGCUUUGUCAACGACAUCAACAUGGGUGUUUACCUUCACGGUAGUCGAGGCAACUCCACCUGGUUUUGAUUCUUUAGGGUGGCGGUACUUCAUUGUAUAUGCGGUCUUGAAUUUGUGUCUUCUAUUACCGACAAUAUAUUUCCUCUUUCCAGAAACGCAAGGUCUGGACUUAGAGAGUAUAGAUCGUAUUUUCCUCGGCAGCCAAAAUGUCUUUCAAACUAUUCGAGUCGCAGAAAAAUUACGGCUGGAGGCCAUUCCCAGCGAGGAAAACAACCUAUCAGGUCGACAAGAAGCAGACUUGGAAGCCAAAGAUGUAGGGGAAACCAAACAUGUAACAUAG